AUGAUGGAUGAUGACACCGAACUGAGGACUGAUGGCAACUCACUUUUAAAGGCUGUGUGGCUGGGGAGGCUCAGGCUGACCAGACUUCUCCUAGAAGGAGGGGCUUAUAUCAAUGAAAGCAAUGACAAAGGUGAAACAGCUCUCAUGGUGGCAUGCAUCACCAAACAUGUGGACCAGCAAAGCAUCAGCAAGUCCAAGAUGGUGAAGUACCUGCUGGACAAUAGGGCAGACCCCAAUAUUCAGGAUAAGUCUGGCAAGACUGCUCUCAUCCAUGCUUGCAUCAGAAGAGCUGGAGGAGAGGUGGUUUCCUUGUUACUGGAGAAUGGAGCAGAUCCCAGCCUCGAGGAUCGUACUGGGGCUUCAGCCCUGGUUUAUGCAAUUAACGCAGAUGACAAAGAUGCACUAAAACAUCUCCUUGAUGCCUGCAAAGCCAAAGGGAAGGAGGUGAUUAUUAUAACAACGGAUAAAUCAUCUUCAGGCACCAAAACCACCAAACAGUAUCUUAAUGUCCCUCCUCCACCCAAAGUAGAAGACAGACAGUCGCCUCCACUGUGUGCAUCUCCCUCAAAUAUUGAACUGAAGGCUCCAGGCCUGGGCUGUCCACCCAGUGAGAAGGAAGAUGACUUCUUCAGCCCCCAAACAGGGCACCCAAGUGGUUGCAACACCUCUAAGGCUCUUAAUGAGCUCGAGUCACCCACCAGGAAAGUCGGGAACCUCAAAAGGGCCCGUUUACCCCAACUGAAGAGGCUCCAGUCUGAACCCUGGGGCCUGAUCGCUCCCUCUGUGCUGGCAGCCUCCAUGCAUCAGGAUGAGACCCAUGGUGCCAGCAUCGACAAUGAGGUCGUCAAAAGCAUUAGUGAUGUGUCCUUCCCCAAAAGGGGGCCCCUUUCCAGAACCAACAGUAUUGAUGGCAAAGACCUCACCCUCUUCCCCCUGGUCACGGAGCAGGUUCUGAAGAUUUCAGCCUCUUCAGCACCAGCAUCCUGGAAGGCAGCCUAUGAGAAAGGUCAGGCUUCCCACCCACGUCUGGCCAGAAGAGGAACUCUCCCUGUUGACCAAGAGAAGGGUGGUAUCAGCUCAUCCGGUCCCUCUGGACUCAAAGAUGCAGCAUCCCUCAAACAGCUAGAAAAUGACCUCUAUGAUUUAGAUUUGCAGCCAGGGGCUGAUCCAUCCAACUCCGUUUCCCUUGAAUCAGGCAAAGGACCUUUAGAUAGAAAGAAGCUCAACAGCUCCCACUUGUCUCUUCUCCAUGGCUCUCGGGAGUCCCUGGACAACGUGCCCAGCACAUCUCCCAGCUCAGUGCGCCGUAGGCCACCACAUCUUCUAGAAAGACGAGGUUCUGGAACUUUGCUACUAGACCGAAUUUCUCACACUAGGCCUGGCUUCCUUCCACCUUUAAAUAUAAAUCUGAACCCACCUAUCCUGGAUGUUAGAUCUAGCAGCAAACCUUCCUCUCCACUUGCUGGUGGCUUAAAAUCCAUGGUUCCUGUUGCUCCAAGUUCACCAAAGAGAGUUGAGUUGAGAAGUAAAAAGAAGCUCCUCAGAAGGCAUUCUAUGCAAGUUGAACAGAUGAAGCAGUUGUCUGACUUCGAAGAAAUCAUGACCUAG